GACGACCCGUACAGACGUGCAAACUUCAAACUCCAAACCCAGUAACAUAUGGUAUACGACAUGUUUAAAACAUCCAAGCAGCUCGAUUAAUAAAAUAUAAUUAUCGAUCAUUUCAAAAUUUAUUUAUCUACUGAAGAUUCGGAAUGUCAUCUUCUGCAUCCUCAAACCCCUUCUCCGCUCUAGGUGAGGUGGACAGAACAACAGGCAAACUGCCGCCUGCCACUCCAUUAUAUAUCCUUCGCGGCCAUGGAUCACCAAUACACGCCCUCCAUUUUUAUAGUAUGAAUUCAAGACUUAUCUCCGGUGAUUCAGAUGGCUGGGUAGUUGUUUGGAAUAUGAGUACGAAACGGGCUGUUGCUUCGUGGAAAGCCCAUGAAUCUGCUGUUCUUGGGGUUGAAGGAGUCGUCUUUCGCUCGAAUCAGGAUGCAGAGGGGAAAGGAAGUGACAGUGAAAGGUGGAUAUUUACACAUGGUCGAGAUCAUAAACUCCGAGUUUGGCGUUUAAAUCUCGCCGAUGAAGACGGGUUAACUAAAGAAUUACCCGUUGAUGAAUCAAAGGGUGCCCAGUCACGAAGCGAACCUUGGAUGCUUCAUUCGUUAUCCGUAAAUGCGUUAAAUUUUUGUGCAUUUGCGCUCUGUCGCAUCUUCUCAGCUAAGAUGGUGACCUCAGAUACUCAAGGUUUCAAUACGCGAGACACUCAACUUCCGGAAGGAGAGAGUUCGAAACAGCCACAUGUUUUCUUCCUAGCCGUGCCCAACGCCCUUAAUUCCGGCGGGAUAGAUAUAUUCCACCUACCAUCUGAAAAGCGCGUAUCGACCAUAUCUCCUGAUCCAUCAAUAAACACGGGGAUGGUAAUGGCCCUCGAGCUGUUCAGAGCACCCCAGGGGAAUUUAUACCUUAUCUCGGGCUAUGAAGAUGGUCGGGUUAUGGUACAUAGAGAAAGGUCGCCUGGUGCCGUAGAAAGAGUGAGCUUCGAUCAGCCGCUAUCUUGGAGCUGGGAAAGGAUAUAUAUCAACCAUGCGCAUUCCCAGCCAGUUCUUUCUAUCGCUCUCUCCCCUUUGGAGAAACAAAAGGAUCGUUUCUUCUUCUCAUCGUCCGCCGAUGCAAUCCUUGCCAAACAUCCCGUCGCUAUCACUGUCGCUCCAUCAAAGCCAUCGAUUUCAGCAAAGACGGAUACGCCACUGAAACUUUUGAACACAAAGCAUGCUGGUCAGCAGGGCCUGCAAACACGAAACGAUGGGAAAGUAUUUGCUACGGCCGGAUGGGAUGGUAGAAUUCGAGUCUACUCGUGCAAAAGCAUGAGGGAGUUGGCCGUUUUGAAGUGGCAUAAUGAAGGUUGUUAUGCCGUUGCGUUUGCAGAUAUUGGCGACUCGAAUAAAAAUGAUGAAAAUAAUAAUGCUGCUAUGGAAAGGAAUACCGUCGUAAAUACAGAUGAUACGGGCACGGCGCCUGAAAGUACUCGCGAUACAAAUACGAAGCCGGAAAGCAUGGCGCUUAACCUUGCCCAUCCGCUCGGAUCGCUGGCAGCAAUAAAAGAGCAGCGGAGCAAGAAGGCGCAAUUUACACAUUGGCUUGCGGCCGGAUCGAAAGACGGGAAGAUAUCACUUUGGGAUAUUUAUUGAAUUUUAUUUAUUAUUUUACGCGAUAUUAAAUUCAUUUGCCCCUGCCAUAUGUUCCUUCAUCUUCGCCCGCAUUUUACGUGCGGCAUCAGAGGUAUUCGUGUCCUUGGUGGCCUGGGCACCAUCCCUAGCUCCCUUCCUAUCAGCCUUGAAUUCCUUCUUCGUAUCUUCUUUACCGGGUCGAAGGCCAGGAACAUUGAUCUUAGCGGGUCUAUCGCGCAGCGCAAAGCUCUUGGCCAAAUGGCCUAAAUGGAGAUCCUUGAUGUUAAACAUAUCUCGUUCGCUAGCAAUAUGCGUGGCAUAAGCGCGGAUAUGAGACUGGUAGGCUCGUCUGGCCAUCUCGAGGAUGGUCGGGUUUUCAAGCGCCCAGCGCUCAAUGUCAAGUUGCCACUCUGUUGCCUUCUCCUCCCAGCCCUUACUCGUCGAUUCGGUGUUCCCUCCAAAGCCACGCUUCAACGACUCGUUCACAUCUAUGCAGGAAAUUUUAGUGCCGCCGUCUCGAUAGCCGCGUUUUAGAAUUUCGACGUAUUUCUCUUCGUUGCCGGGAAGGAGGAAUAUGUGGGCUCUGCCGUCGCGUCCUAAUCUUGCAGUUCGGCCGAUUCGGUGGAGAUGGUCAUCUGAGCUAAAGGCAGGAUCAUACUCGACUACAAAAUCGACGUUUGGUAGGUCAAGGCCACGAGCUGCGACAUCAGUGCAGAUCAGAACAGCUGCUUCACCCUGGCGGGAGAAGGCAGAGAGAGUUGAAGUUCUGACAUGUUGAGGAAGUGAGCCAUGAAGUUUAUAGAUCGUGACUGGAUUAGUAGGGUUCGAGAAGGCUGUUGCUUGCGCAACUGUUCCAUGGAUGGAUGCUGGUUUGGUGGGAAGCAAAGCUUCGGUAUUUUUGAGCUCUUUCCCUCCGCUUUUGUUGUCUGAAUCUUGCCUGGAGAAAGCUUCGAAGUGGAAGUCCACGGAGUCCGCACAAGAAACGAAAAUUAUUGCUUUCAUAACAGAGCCUUUCCUGGCAAAUGUUCGUUUCAUCAACGCCGUAAGAGUAACGAGUCGUAGCUUCGCAGCAACCACUGCGUACGAUUGUUUAAGUUGUGCAGGGACCGAAAACUCGGAGUUGGUACCAGUAUUAUUCGUCUUCGUUUCGUCGUCCUCGUCAUCCGGGUCAGCUUGGACAUGCACAGCGUCUUUGAGACUUAUCUCCCCUAGCCGCUGCACAUUCAUUUUCAAAGUCGCAGAACACAAUAUUGUAACUCGCUUGGCAGGCAAUCCCGAGAUUCCCUUUGAUUUCUGUCUCUCAUCUAACCUUUUCACAAUCCCCUGAAUCUCCUCCUCAAAGCCCAAAUCCAUAAGCCGAUCCCCCUCAUCAAGGACUAGCCACCUGACAUUACUAACAUCCAACACCUUGGUAUUCUCCAAAUGAUCAGCCAAACGACCAGGCGUAGCCACAAGAAUAUUCAACCCCUUCCUCAACCUUGCCUUUUCGGAUUUUUUCUUCUCCCCACCAAUAACCGUGCCUGCAACGAUCCAAUGCGCACACCGUAACAAUUGCUCUAACACAACGGAUAUUUGUUUGCAUAGCUCUCUCGUAGGAGCAAGGAUGAUAGCAAAAAGUCCCGAAUCUCGAUGCACAGCAGCGUUAUCCGAACCAUCGCUCGUCCGCUCAAAAGCCUUCCCGUUGGUGCUUGACAAGUUAAUCAGUCGCUGAACUAGAGGAAGCAGAUAUGCCAAUGUUUUUCCCGAUCCGGUUUGGGCCUGGAUGAACGCAUCGCAUUCUUCCUUCAACAGCUGCGAUAUGGCGCUUUUCUGAACGGCCGUCGGAGCCUUAAAUUCAAGCUUUGUCAUCAGGUGCGCUGCAAGCAUCGGGGAUAAUCCCAAGGAUGUGAAGGUAUCAAUUCCAUCGAUGAGGGGCGCAUUUGAGGGUUUAGAAGGCUCGGCGCCUUCGUCUGUUUUCGGUGGCUCGACGGCAGAAAGAGGCGCGGGGUUGAAGGAGAAAAGGGAGGAGAUGAUCUCACGCGGUUGAUUCUGGUUCUUGCGAGCUUGGUUGCCUUGAGUAUUCCCCCUGUUAUUGCUGCUGCCGACGUUCGUAGAAGUAGGGGUGUGCCCGCUAACGCGAUACGACGACAACGAAGACCGUUUAAAAUCGUCAUCGACCCUCUGCCGUUUGGCUGGUCGAGGGGAUGGUAUUUCAACUCUAUUCGGGUUCCCUGUUCCAUCUUUCCGCCAGGCAUGAUCCUGGUCUUCGGAGUUGGGAAAUUUGGAUUUAUUUUGACGGUGAAGGGCGAUUUUCUUUACUGAAAGGCGAUCUUUCCAUGUCCCACCUUUGAACUUUUGCUGGGUUUUAAUGAUACCAUCACCCAAAUUGAAGUUCAAGAGCAUGCCAUCAUCCGCCAUGAUGCCAGAUAGUAGACGGGGAAUGUUCGUCUCCCUUCCUAUGAUCCUAUCCAGGUUUGUGGCUCUGUGUUUUGUCUUUCAGAAUUAGAUAUUGGGUUGAGUUUUUCCGGUAAUGUUUGACAAAUGAGCAAACACGCCGAGAAGAGAUCUGGUUCUGGAUUACCGAAGGCCAUAAAUUCGUACUUUGUAGUGGCAUCAAAAUGACUCUGUAGCUGUUGAAGAGAAUGGAUUUUAUUAAAAUAUUCUACAGUAGAAUAUCUCGAUACGCCUUCCCAUAAACACUAUGUCAGUGUCAGUACGAUCCAGGUUUGAACAGCUUAAAUUUUCACCAACCACAGCAAUCUGAUAGAGUAUUUUCUCCCAUGCACAAGUCCAAUCACGACCAUACCAUACAGCGAGUGGAUAAGAACGUAGGGUUAUUCAAAUAAUCUCAUUAGAUAACUGCCCGAAAUUCAUUGGUUGAUAGAUAACAUAGAUAGUCUAUUUCAAAAAUAAACCAGCCGAAACAAUUCAUCCCAUUCAUAU